AGAUAAAAUCACUUCCUCUCCUCACUCGACCGAACAAAUUAAAAAAAAAUCCUUUUCCUAUUUCCACUCAUCUCUCAAUCUCCAUUCUUCAUGGAUUCAAAACCAGACUCGAUCUCAAACUUAGUAACCCACAAAGGAGGAUGCCAUUGCAAGACAAUAAGAUGGAAAGUAGAAGCACCCAAAUCCUUAACAGCAUGGAAAUGUAACUGUUCUAUCUGUACUAUGAGAGGCAACAUCCAUUUCAUAGUCCCAUCAAAUCAUUUUCAUUUACUCUCUGGACAAUCAAAUAUCAGUUCCUACACUUAUGGAACUCACACUGCUAAACACACUUUCUGUAAUGUUUGUGGUAUCACUUCCUUCUAUACUCCUCGCUCUAACCCUGAUGGGAUUGCUGUUACUUUAGCUUGUGUUGAUCCUGGAACAUUGACCCAUGUUCAAAUUAAGAGCUUUGAUGGUGUUAAUUGGGAAAAUUCUUACUCUCUUACCGGGAUUUCUUCUUGUUCCAAGAUCUCAUCUUGAGGUUUUUUUGUUGGGAUGUUCAAGAUUGUUUUUUUUUUCUUUUUUUUCAACUACUCUAGUUAAAAACUGUGCCUAAAAUAAGAUGCUCAUAUUUUUAUUUUUUCUUUAAUUUGUAUUAAUUGGACUAUUUAGUUCAUAUAUCUAAUGCGUCUCUCGGAGAAAAUCGUCUCUCACAACAAUUUGAGUUUUUAGGGUAAAUUGGUUGGAUUGAUUCAAGCUAUAGGUUGUGUUUGUGAGAGAUUUUGGGUUUUGGGAAGUUGGGUUUGAUAUUUUAGAAGCAAAUUUGGAGUUCAAGAUGCAUUAAGCUUGAAAUUUGUUGUUGUAAUCCAAGUAUGAUUGAGUUGUUGGAAACUAGUAAA